CCCGCGCCGCCCGCCGCCCGCUGCAGGUGCUUGCGGGAUGCCGGUGAUCGCUGCACACUGAGGACAGCACGAAGACAUGAGUGGCAGCACGAGCCAGCGCGCCGCCGCCCUGGGUGUCCUCUUUGCCCUGAUCAUGUUGCUGAUCAUCUACAGCUCCGGCAGCGGGAGCGAGGUCUUCCCCUACAGCCGCCUGCGGGGCAGAGCCCGCCGGCCCCCCGACCUCAAGAAGUGGGGGGUGAAAAGCGGGUACCUGCCCGUCUGCGGCAACAAGUGCGCCGCCACGUCGGAGGGGGGCGCCAUCUUUGCCAGGGGCAGCGAGGGAGGAGGGCGGCCGGGCGGGGACCCUCCCGCCUCCCGCCUCCCGCGGAGCCACCGCCGGGCGCGGCGCGGGGGGAGCCCCCGGCCGCCCCCCUCGGGCGAGGCCUAG